GGCCUGGCCGUUAAACCGUACAAACGUGAACGUUUCAGCUCUUUAUUUUUGUGUUUUUCCUUUUUUUAUUUGUUUGCACCGCUCUUAUGCAAAGUGUUGUUUGAGUUCGAUUUUCUCGUACCGAUAUAACUUUCACUGUGAACAGUUUUGCUUCAAAUUUUUUUGUGUUUGAUUGCAAAGGAACAUUUUAACCAUGGCUGCAACUAAGAAUUAUCCUUUGAAAAAGCGACCGAUAAAUGUUGUUUGUGAUGAUGUUGCUGAUGAACCGGAACAGGACGAACCAGUUGAUCUGUGUAUAAAACGAGUGAAAUAUGAUGAGGAUGUUAAGCCAACAAUUGCAUUGAAGCCGAUCAACAACAAUACAAUCAGGAGCCAACACAGCGACAGUGCAUUUAGUUUUGAAAAUGCCGAAUGUGAGAAAUAUCUUCAAAGUAAAUAUGCUCACCAUAAAUCAACAUCGCCACAGCAACUGUACGAUAUGUUACCCGGAUAUCAUUAUGACCGUUACUACCACGAAAAUGCCGUUCCUAUCAAACAAGAAUAUCCAGCAUCAAACCCGUCUCGAGACUACUCGGUAUCACCGGAUUAUUCGUUGCCAAAAACUCCAAUCGAAUUCUAUUCGAAGCACUAUGUGAAAGAAGAACGCUACAGCCAGCCGAACACUCGUUAUGUGCCAUAUCCAUUGAAACACAAUAGUUUACACGACCAAUAUCACAUGGCAUCGUCACCCAACUCACUGAAUUCCGUUGGAUCACCACGAAGCUCCGUAUCACCACUAUCAACAUCGUCAAUCAACGACGAAAUGUACCAUCAUCACAUGUCCAAAUCGAAUGUAGUGUCAUAUGAAAUAACCGAAGUGCCUCCACAAUAUUGCGAAGAGAAAUCAUCGGAAACCGCCCAACGCUACCAAUGCACCGAAUGUGGAAAAUCGUAUUCAACCUACUCCGGUCUGACGAAGCACACCCAAUUCCAUUGUCCAGCCAUCGAAGGAAACCAAGCGAAAAAGACCUACGACUGUGAAUACUGUGACAAGGUGUACACCUCAUCCGGUGCCCUGAAAAUGCACAUUCGAACCCAUACCCUGCCAUGCAAGUGCCAAAUUUGCGGUAAAGCCUUCUCUCGUCCAUGGCUGUUGCAAGGACACAUUCGUACGCAUACGGGCGAGAAACCGUUCAGUUGCCAAUAUUGUCAUCGUGCCUUUGCCGACCGAUCGAAUUUACGUGCGCAUUUACAGACUCAUUCUGACGUGAAGAAAUACUCAUGUAAGACGUGUGUGAAAACAUUUUCCCGAAUGUCGUUGCUCACGAAACAUACGGAGGGUGGUUGUGCUGGACUGCAUCGGUCACUUUCACCGCAGUACAUAUGAUUUUGAAGACGGUUUUUAGAAGUUUUUUUCUCGGUUAUUUUAAUGUGAAAUUUAGAAUCGAACAAAGUCAAAUUGAUGCGAAAGUGUUUUUUUGUUAAAUUUCGAUAGAAUUUAAACGAAAAUGUGUUCAUGCCAAAUAAUAGUUUUUUAAGAUUUUUAACUUUUCGAAUUCACAAUUUUUUAAAUAUUUCUUUUAAACUAGUCACUUCAUCGACGUAAUUUAUUUUUUUAAUUUAAUUUUUAGUUUAAUUUUGAUUUAUUUAUAAUUUCCCGUUUGGAGGCAUUGAAGACCAUAAAGAAAGUAAAAAAAAUAAGGACAACGAACACUGCCAUUUAUUUUUUGUAUUAAAUUGAACUGUGCCUUUUGAAAGACAAUUAUUACGGUUAGGAAUUUAGUUUUAACAAAAUCUCACAUUCAAUUCUUAGGCGACAUUUUAAAUUAGAAAUUGUAAAAAGUAUUAAUAGGCUUAAGGAAUUUUAAUUUAUUUUUUGUGUUUUUAUUUUGACGAAAAAAAUGAUUGUGCUUUAAGAGCACAAAAUAUAUUCAAGUAUUUUUAUAAA